AUGGCAGCCUACAUGGGAGGUUUUGACCCCAAAGAUCCGCAGCAAGUCGCGGACGUCGUGCUCGUCCCGACGCUCUCGGAUAAUUACGCGUAUCUGCUUAUCGACAGGGCGACGAAGGCCGCUGCAUGCAUAGACCCCGCCGAACCGGAGAAAGUUCUGAAAGCCGCCCAGGCCGCGGGCGCCGAGCUGAAGAUGUGUCUCUGCACCCACAAGCACCUUGACCACUCAGGCGGGUCACCGAGCCUGUCGCAGAAGCGGCCCGAUCUCGAGAUGGUGGGUAGCGGCUACGAGGAGACUCCGGGCGUCAAGAAGACCGUCCGCGACGGCGAUAUGCUGUCACUCGGUGACCUCCACAUCCGCGUCCUGCACACGCCCUGCCACACGGGCGGGCAUGUGCUUUACUUUGUCACGUCGCCCAAGCAGCCCUCUCUGGCGCCUAUCAUUUUCACAGGCGACACUCUGUUUGUGGGCGGGUGCGGCCGCUUCUUUGAAGGCACUGCGCAGCAGAUGGUCCAUGCGUUGCUGGAGGUCAUCAAGCCGCUCCCCGCAAACACGCGCGUGUUCUGCGGGCACGAAUACACCAAGUCGAACCUCGAAUUUGCUUUAAAAGUCGAACCUGGCAACGCAGACCUUAAGGCCAAGUACGACUGGACGGUGAAGCAGCGGGAGGCCCAGCAGCCCACGAUCCCCUCCACCAUCGAGCAAGAGUUGAGGUUCAACCCCUUCAUGCGUGUGGAGGAGAAGAGCGUGCAAGAAGCCAUGAAGAGCGUCGGCGACACUGUCGAAACCAUGCAGCGUCUUAGAGAGCUCAAGAACCGCUCGUGA